AUGGCACUCAACACCCUCCGCCUCAACCACCAGAAAUCUAGCCACCCUAACGACCGUAUUGUCUUCAUCAAGCCACUGCCACGCCCAUCCACCCACCAAUCAGACUACGACACCGCAGACCUCUUCUUGCGGGCAAUCGCCGCGCAAUGUCUCCCCAUCAUGAAGACUCACUGGCUCGCAGUCACGACACUCGAAGAGUACGAGCCGAAUCGUGAAUUUAUGGGCCGCAACUUCAACCACGGUGAAUGCAUUCAAUUGGUGCUGAAGUCAAAGUCUGGGAGGUGGCUGCCGUUCAACAUGGUGCAGAUGGUAAUGAUGCAUGAACUGGCGCAUAAUGUGGAGAUGAACCAUUCGAAGCGUUUUUGGGCAAAGCGGAAUGAGUACGCGGGCGAGAUGAGGGAGCUGUGGGGUAAAGGCUACACGGGAGAGGGGUUCUGGGGAAGCGGUAGGGCACUGGGGGAGAUGGGCAGCGUGAUGGGCAACAACGUGAUGAGGAGUGAGGAAUUGCAGGAUCUGCCACUAUGCGGCGGGACUUAUCGGAGUCGGAGGCGGAAGAGGAAGGCGGGUGGGCAGCAGCAGGAGCUGACGUGGAAAGAGAAGAAGGAGAGGAGAAUUGAGAAGAAAUUUGGGAAGAAUGGAGUCAGUCUGGGCAGCGAUGAGGAUCAGAGGAUGUUGUACGAGAUGGGCAAAGGGCCGGUCGGUGGGAAUCCCAGAGUGGCGCAGAGUAAGCGUGGACGAGAGCUACGGGCCGCGGCAGCGUUGGCACGGUUCGAGCAGAGCAAGAAGGAGCCAAAGGAAGAAGUCAAGGAAGAGACCGAGGACGACGACGGCGACUACGAAGACAUCGAUGUCGACAUGGAAGACGCCACAGACCUCGACGGACAGCGGCUACUCGACGCGAGCGGUAGAUCCAUGGUCAGAAUAUGCGGCGAAGAGGACACGGACGAUGUCCAAGUCAAGCAGGAGCUGGAAGAACUCGAGGGCCUGGAACGCUAUUUCCCACGUCUACCGAAGAAGCAGCCAGAGCACGACAGCAAUGGCGAGAACCCGCGUGUUCCAGCCAACGAUGGCCAGCUAGAGCAAGAACUUGGGGGAUCAGAUACCACAACAGCCACCGCCUCUCCCACGCCGGAGCCACACCCGCCUUCCGACAACCCGCAACCACCCAGCCCCAACCCUCCCCCUAACGACACCACACAGCCAGCUCUCCCUACCACGGCACCACCCUCCCCAGCUGCCCCAGCCCCAGCCCCAACCCCACCCUCCACAUCCUCCAACCUCACCUGCCCAAUCUGCUCGCUCGCCAACCCCCCUGUCUCGCCCACCUGCCUAGCCUGCAGCCACGUGCUGGACACGCAGAAAGACCCGCGGCACUGGCGCUGUCGCUCCCAGACCUGCAGGGAGAGCCGGUACGUGAACGCCGGGGACGCGGGCGUGUGUGGGAUUUGUGGGGCGAGGAGGCCUUGA